AUGCGGGUCCUCGCCGUACUCGCUUUCGCGGCUCUCCCGUACGCAGUGUCCAGCAAAUCGACUUUCGAUGCCAGCGGAGCGCAGAGCGUCCAUUCGUUGUCGAACGCUCCAGACGACCUGGAGCUGCUCAUAACUGAUACGUUUACGGUGUUGAGCCAUCCAGCGUUCCCUCGGCAUAGCGUCCGCGUCAAGAAAUCCAACUUCUGCGAUGGGACCGUCGCUGCGUACACAGGCUACAUCGACGUCGAGGCUCGCCACUUGUUUUUCUACUUCUUUGAGAGCAGACGUAGUCCCGAUGACGACGACGUCAUAUUCUGGACGAACGGCGGUCCCGGAGGGUCAUCUGCUAUUGGUCUUCUCAUGGAGCUUGGUCCCUGCAAUGCGGUGAAUUCCACCAACACGGAAUUCAACCCGUAUGGGUGGAAUGAUAAGGCAAACAUCUUCUUCGUAGAUCAGCCCGUAGGAGUUGGUUUCUCCUACGCUGACUUCGGACCCGUGCCUUCAAAUACUCAGAGUACUACGGAAGAGGCUGCCGUGGACAUCGCCGCCUUUGCCGCCAUAUUCUUCGAACACUUCAAAAAGUUCACUGGAAGGCCAUUCCACAUGGCCGGGGAGUCUUUCGGAGGCCGCUACGUUCCGCUGUUUGCAGCCGCGGUCCUCGACCAGAAUGCCAGGUUGGUUGAAUACGGCAUACCUCCCGUUAACCUGGCUUCGGUCAUGAUUGGGAAUGGGCUCACGAACUACCUUGACAUGUUGCAAUCCUACUACGACAUCAUGUGCACUCCAGCAUCUCUGCCGCCUGUGGAAACCAUAAGCGCUUGCGUACGCAUGAAACAAGCGGUGCGACAGUCACUCACUACGUUAUGGAAACUCCGGUCCACUUAA